ACCACUUGUUAGGUCAACUUACAAUGGCCAUCGUCAAGAACAUUGCAUGCACAUUGUUCAUUGCUGCCAUUGUGGUGGCAGCCACAUUGGUACCGGCGGCAAGCGCCGCCAGCGACAAAUCCAUUGAAGAGAUGGAUGCAUCCAUCAAGAAGGCCUUUGACGCGGUCAUCGCCGCCGCCCCAGCAUCCAAAAGGUCUGCAGUAGAAUCUUUCGUGCUCAAGCAGAAAGUCGCUGCCACCGCCUCGCUCAAUGAGGCCGCUGGAGAUAAGAAGAAAGUUGAUGAAAUUGUCACUGCCUAUAAGACGGCCUCCGAUGCGGUCCUUGCCGCUAAACCCGCCGACAAAUAUGACGUAUUUGACAAGACCUUCAGCGAGGCCGGUCAUCCUCCCACCGUGAAGGCCGUCGACGCAUUGGAGAAUUCCUUCAAGGAGGCCAUUGGUGAUGUCGUCGCUGCUGCCCCAGCACCACAGCAGGACGAAAUGAAAGCCCUCGUGUUCCAGCAGACCGUCGUCGCUGCCAACACGCUUGCCCAGUCUGCAAAGGACAAGAAGCUAUUUGCUGCGGUUACCACCGCCUACAAGGUGGCUUCUGAUGCGGUCCUUGCCGCUGCGCCCGCCGACAAGUAUUCCGUAAUGGAAAAAACCUUCGCGGAGGCUGCUGAUGUCAAAGCAGCAUGAGUGGCACCUCGUCUGGCCUUCGAUGCACACGACCACCGGCGGAUUGAUCACUUGAUGUUAUUGAUUUUUUUUCCCAUGCAUGGAAACAGGCAAUAGUUCUUUUUGAAGUUUUCUCUUGUAUUGGCGAUUUUUAGCACCCCUGAUGCAGAUACUGGAAGCCCUCAUGGCCCGCCACCAUGUACUUAGAUCC